UCACUCAUUCAGCAAAAGCAGCCGAUCAAAAAUUCACUCUCGCUCAUUCCAACACCAUGGCGCCGAACAAUCCCCUCCUCAAUGCCCACCUUGCUCAUACUGCCAUUUUUACCAAUCGAGGUUUCCGAAACUCUGAGGCAUAUUCGAGGUACCUUCGGUGCUUCAGCGAUCGGGCUCUCCAUCCUUCAUUCCUCAUCCCUCCUACUACAUUCAAUCGAUAUAGACUGAGGGUCAAUGGGUAUAUCAAUGAUCUUGGGUGGAGCUCACUGCUCCAGAAUCGACCCCUUGAUCAGUGCCCUGAAGCUGUGAGAAUGUUCUACGCAAGUAUGCAAUGUGGCCCUGGACGAUAUCCGUCGUAUUUCACCACCACCGUCUACAAUUUUAGCGUGACAAUCAUUGCUGAUGUGUUGGCCACUCUGCUGCAUCUUCCUCACGAUGGUUAUCUAGCUGGGACAACAGAAGACUUUGAUAGCUAUGGGUUCCAUCCCAUAGAUACUAUGUCUUACCUGGCUCGUGACUAUGGGAAGCACCAAUUCUCCAUGUUCUCUGUUGAGAGGCUUCCUGAUGAGCUGAAAGCCUUACACUUCUACAUCACUCGUAUGUUCCUCCCUCGAGAUGCUGCCACGGCAACUACUCUCGAAGAGUCUGACUUGGGGAUUCUGUUUAACGCCAAAACAAGCUGCCCGAUCAGCUACGCCACACUCAUGUUUAAUCACAUGAUUAAAUAUCGAGAAGAAGAGUGCAGUGGGAAGCUGCCUUUAGGUCCGCAAAUCACCUCCCUGCUAGCAAUCUUAGGGGUCGAUCUGCGUGGGAAAAUCAUCAACUAGGAUGUCCAUUCUGACCUCCAGGCCCAGCAUGUCUUGCAUCGCACCCUCUCGGAGCUUGGAACCCAAAAACUUGCCAAAGUUCAAGGGGGAGACAAACCUGCUCAGUCUGAAUCAGGUGCUGAUGAAGACAACAGUGUUGUAGCGUUACCUGCGAGACUUGAUAAGGGAAAGGAAGUGGCAGAAUCGUCUCCCAAGAGGGCUCUGGACUUGGGUCACCUCUAGGAAGGGAUAAAUCUGGAUAAGGAGG